AUGUCUUUCCAAUGGUCAUCCAAAAACCAAGCUCAAAAUGGGGUGGAAGACAUGACGCUCCUCAGCAAGGUCACCGAUGACCAGAUCACGGAAAACCUAAAAAAGAGGAUUCAAGCAGAUUUGAUGUUCACGUAUAUUGGACCUACUCUCGUCGCCGUGAAUCCCUAUAAGAAACUUUCUUACUUUACGGAGAAAGAGAUAGAGCUGUAUCAUGGUGCCGCGUCCUACGAGCAUCCCCCGCACAUCUACGCCGUCGCUGAUAAAAUGUUCCAGAGUAUGAUUACCGACGAAGAGAAUCAAUGUGUAAUCAUCAGUGGAGAGAGUGGAGCAGGCAAGACGGAGUCUGCAAAAUUGAUCAUGAACUACAUCGCUGCCGUGUCCGCCAAAGGUGGAUCGAUGAAUCGUGUUGUAGACGAAGUUAAGCGAAUCAUUUUAGGGUCGAAUCCCCUAUUGGAGUCUUUCGGCAACGCGAAGACUCUCCGAAACAACAACUCCAGUCGUUUCGGAAAAUAUUUCGAAAUCAACUUCAGUAAAAGCGGGGCACCUGGUGGGGGGAAAAUAUCUAAUUUUCUCCUGGAAAAGUCUCGAGUUGUAGGACCCGGUCCCGGAGAGCGGAAUUUUCAUAUUUUCUACCAGAUGACCAAGGGUGCCAGUCCACAUGAUAAGGAGCAAUUGGGCAUGAUGGAGCCAAAAUAUUUUCAUUACCUCAAUGUCAGUGGAGAGUAUAAUGCGGACGGUAUCAACGAUGUCGAAGAGUAUGAAGACAUGAAGAAAGCAAUGGCAGUGUGCCAGAUCAGCGAAGCGGAUCAGCUGUGCGUAUUGCAAAUUGUGGCGGGCAUUCUGCAUCUAGGAAAUAUCGCAUUCUUCGAAGAAGGGAACGACGCAAAAGUGUCAGAUCCCCAAGCAUUGGCAUUUCCUGCCUAUCUUAUGGGGGUAUCCGAAGACUUACUGCAGGCGAAAUUGACAAGCCGAAGGAUGACCACUGGCGGUUUUGGCAAAAGAGGCUCCUCCUACAAUGUACCGCUUAAUGUGCAGCAGGCACAAGGAACGAGAGAUGCACUUGCCAAGGCAUUAUACAGUCGCCUUUUUGACUGGAUAGUACAGGCCGUCAACACAGCAAUGGCUAACUUAGCAGCCGGCUUACGAGAAAAAGCCCAGCUUUCCUUGGGCGUUUUGGAUAUCUUCGGGUUUGAGAUCUUUGAGCGGAAUGGAUUCGAACAAUUCUGCAUUAAUUAUGUGAACGAACGAUUGCAACAGAUUUUCAUCGAGCUCACUUUAAAAUCCGAGCAGGAAGAAUAUCAGCGAGAGGGUAUCAAGUGGACACCGAUUGACUAUUUCAAUAAUAAGGUGGUGGUUGAUCUGAUCGAAAGUAAAAGACCUCCAGGCAUCAUGGCAGUCUUGGACGAUGUGUGCUUCACCAUGCAUGCUGUGAGCGAGGGGGCAGAUCAAACGUUCGUUCAGGUUGAAAUUGGAUAUGGCUUGUUCUCAAAUAAGCAUUAUCAAGGGAUGCAGACGCAAUUUGUUAUUCAGCAUUAUGCUGGUGCUGUGACAUACGACUGUGACGGUUUCACAGAGGCAAACAAAGAUACUCUGUUUAAGGACCUAAUCUCUCUUAUGCAAACGACAAGCAAUCCUUUUAUUUUCAAUCUCUUCCCAGAAGAAGUGGACGAGACCGAUAGAAGGCGACCAACCACUGUAUCUCACAAGAUCAAAAACCAAAGCCAAGAGCUAGUGGAGACUCUGAUGCGGUGUACACCUUCAUAUGUCAGGUGUAUCAAACCCAAUGAGACGAAGCGGCCGAAGGACUGGGAUGGCAAAAGAGUUGAACACCAAGUCCGAUAUCUUAAUUUGAAGGAAAAUAUAAGGGUGCGGCGUGCAGGUUAUGCCUACAGGAAUACAUUCGAGAAAUUCCUCAGAAGAUUUGCAAUUCUGACGAAGGAAACCUUUCCGGUCUGGCACGGUCGCACGGAGGAUGGUAUUAAGGUGAUAAUGCAAUCGGUCCAUAUGGAGCCUUCAGAGUGGCAAUUGGGUGUUUCGAAAAUCUUCAUCAAGUCGCCCGAAUCUCUAUUUCUGUUGGAGGAGCAACGCGACCGGAAGUAUCACGGAUAUGCUAAAGUAAUUCAAAGAGCAUACCGGCGCUGGAAGAGCCGAAAGUAUUUCUUGGAGCUGCGGAAGAAGGCCGCUGAUGUGAUGUACAACAACAAAGAGCGAAAGCGGUUCAGUGUAAACAGGGAGUUUUUGGGGGACUACGUUAACUACCUGGACAAUCCGAUCCUGAAGAAUCUUGUUGGAAAGCAAGAGAAGGUGUUCUUUGCGGACAUUGUCACUAAAUAUGAUCGGAAGUUCAAAGCCGCUCAACGGGAAUUGCUCAUAACGGAAACCAGCUUAAUAAUGAUUGGAACUGAGAAAGAAAAGAGCGGGCCGAACAAGGGCAAGCUAGUGAAAGCCGUAAAGCGGAAGAUUCCUCUAAACGAUGUCCAGUCAGUAUCCUUGUCAACCAAACCAGACGACAUCUUUGUACUUCAUGUGCCGUCUGAGUACGACAAUGUGCUGGAGAACAUCUUCAAGACAGAACUGAUAACUGUGCUUAGUGAGAAAUACGAGUUAGCGGUUGGUCGAAAGCUGCCCAUAGUCUUCUCAGACAGUAUCAAAUAUUCCGUAAAGAAAACGACAUGGCAGAGCGGCGGCCAGCAUGAGAUCCGUUUUGUGACAGACGCCUCUGUUAAGGCACCACUGAUUAGAAAUUCAGGAAAAGUCACGGAAGUCCGAGUUGCCAACGGUCUUCCCAAGGAUUCGCGACCAAAUGCGGGUACAGUCGCACAAACGGGAAGAGUCGGCGGUGUCGGAGGUUACGGACGGGGAGGUGCCACACCAGCAAGUGGCUACGCAGCUGGUGGUGCGGGGCGAGCACAAAACAAUUUCUUUGGGGCCUCAUCAAUAGGGGGUGGUGCUGGGUCAAGACCAACGGGAGGCGGAUUGGGGGGCGUUCCUUUACCUCAAGGCAUGGGAUCGGCCACAAAUCUGGCAGCCAAGAAGCGACCUCCUCCCCCGCCGCCUGCGAAAAAACUGCCGACCUGUCGGGCUUUAUAUGACUACGAAGCUCAGGAAGCUGAUGAGUUGACGUUCAGAGCCGGAGAUGUUAUAACUAUUGUGUCAAAAGAUGACGAAGGAUGGUGGCAAGGGAGCGUUAGUGGAAGGAAAGGGUUGUUUCCCGCAAACUAUACUGAGCCAAUGUAG